CCGAGCAUUGACACCGCAGCAGGUUGCCGUGUUGCUUUUAUGUUGUGGAUAUCGGACUGAUUCCGCGGUGGUCGACUUUUUUUGCGGCCGAAAAGGAGGUUACUUUUCUGGGGAAGUGGCGGACCACGCUGACCAUGGCCUCCAACUUCAAUGAUAUAGUGAAACAGGGAUACGUGCGGAUACGGAGUAAGAAACUAGGGAUCUUCAGGAGGUGUUGGCUGAUGUUUAAGAAGGCGUCCAGUAAAGGCCCAAGGCGGUUAGAGAAAUACCCAGACGAGAAGGCAGCAUACUUCCAGAGCUUUCACAAGAUCACAGAGCUCCGCAGCAUCAAGAACAUUACACGGAUGCCGAGGGAGACCAAGAAACAUGCCGUGGCAAUCGUGUUUUACGACGAGACGUCCAAGACGUUUGCCUGUGAGUCAGAGCUGGAUGCAGAGGAGUGGUGGAAGCUACUGUGUGUGGAGUGUCUAGGAAGCUGUCUGAACGACAUCAGCCUGGGAGAACCAGACCUGUUAGCAACGGGGGUGCAGCGGGAGCAGAACGAGCGGUUCAACGUGUACCUGAUGCCCACUCCCAACCUGGACAUCUACGGGGAGUGUACGAUGCAGAUCACACAUGAGAACAUCUACCUGUGGGACAUCCACAACGCCCGCGUCAAACUGAUCAUGUGGCCCCUCAACUCACUGAGGAGAUACGGACGAGACUCCACCUGGUUCACUUUUGAGUCAGGAAGGAUGUGUGACACAGGGGAGGGUCUGUUUACGUUCCAGACGCGGGAGGGAGAGAUGAUGUACCAGAGAGUCCACUCAGCCACCCUGUCCAUCGCACAGCAACAUGAGAGGAUGAUGGAGGAGAAGACUUCACAGACACACUCCAACCAGACAACGUUAACCAAGUCCAUCUCCCUGCCUCGCAGUGCCUACUGGCAUCACAUAAUGCGCCAGAACAGUGUUGGAGACAUCUACAGCUACCAAGGUACUAGCCUGACGAUGACCCUGAUGACCCGAGCACAGACCUUCCCCAGCUUCCUCUCUGGAAAGACAGAAGAAGAGCAGUCCUCUCAGCACAAGGAAGAGGCACUAUCCCCCUCUAGUGGCUACAGCUCAAACUGCAGCCAGGUGACUCUCCAAUGACAAGUACCUUCAGAACAAAACUGGACAUUCCAACACUUUAGAAAGCCUGUAGAAAUAUGUAUAGGAACAUGUAUGAUAUAUCAUUUUAUGUUAAUACAUUAUGGUGAUAUUGUUAAUUGUA